CCAUCACUGCAUCCAAAAAUACAUCGCACCAAAGUUUCCACUGAAAAACCUUUCAACAAACAAACUCUCGUCAUCAAACAACAAUUCAUCAUGUCCGGCACUCAGAACACCAACCCCGGCAACUUUGCCAACCGCCCCAAGGACGAAGUCCGUGAGAUCGCAUCCAAGGGUGGCCAGGCCAGUCACAGCGGCGGCUUUGCCAGCAUGGAUCCUGACAAGCAGGCAAGUUUUUUCCCUUUCAGUCCAGCCAACCAGCGCAGUCUACUGACAUCGUACCAGCGCGAGAUCGCUUCCAAGGGCGGCCACGCUUCGUCCGGCAGCUUCGAGCCGGGCAGCGAGCGUGCCCGUGAGGCAGGCCGGAAGGGCGGCCGCGCAACUGGCGGCAGCAGUGAUGACGCCGAGUAACUCAUGAAUGAUGACUGUUUGGAAUUCGGCGCAAAUCUGUAUUAUUAGUGGAUGGAUUUUCGGUCGUUUAGCGAGUGAUCUCUGACGAUGGGACAAUGAAUGAAUCAAUAUGCCCGAUUUUCCCUUGUGCGUUAUUAUGCUAAUGAAUUCGAUCAAUGAAAUUCCAUGGAGCGAACAUGUUCAAGUUGCCCUAACAUUGUGUCGAUUGACAUGUUUCGUGAAGUCG